AUGCCUAGCCGGGUGGGCGCUGACGAUGCCCGUGGCGGCCCCGGAGUGGGGGAGAUCGUGGACGCCAGCGGCGGCGUGCGCGAGAGAGCCGUGCCUCCUGGGAACCGUUCCGCGGCGCGGAAGACCGCGCGGUUCGCGGAGCCCGUCUCCGCGCCGCGCGGGAGCGGCAACGUCGACGACGACGACGGCGACGGCGACGACGGCGACGGCGUGGAGAUCACCUUCGACAAGCGGUACGACACGAUCGCGGUGCCCCGCGUGAGACCGGUGGCGCGCGGUGAGGACCCGUGCGUGAAGCUGCUGGCGCGGACGCCGGAGAAGCCGGAGUCCUCGUCCGGCCAUGCCGUGCUCAAGAACUCCUUGACGCGGAUCCAGCAGGAGACCCGGCGGGUCGCGUCCUUGAAACGCCGGGGAGGCGGCUUCGACAGGCCCAUGCCGUCCGCCCCCGCGCGCGCGCUCCAGGGUCUCAAGUUCGUCAGCGAGACACACGCCUCCAACGGAUGGACCGAGGCCGAGAGGUUCUACGACAGAAAUGUACGCCUCCCCCGCUCCAUGUUCGGCCAGUGCAUCGGUAUGAAAGAGGCCGCGUUCGCCGGCGAGCUGUUCGACACGCUGGGAAGGCGGCGGCGCAUCUCCGGGGACAGCAUCGACAGGGCGGAGCUGCGCGAGUUCUGGGAUCAAAUCUCCGACCCCAGCUACGAGAACCGCCUGCAGCUCUUCUUCGACAUGGUGGACAAGGACGCUGACGGGAGGAUCAGCCAGGUGGAGUUCAAACAGAUAAUUACGUUGAGCGCGUCGGCGAACAAGCUAAAGGUGGGCGAACAGGACUCCGAGGAGUGUGCCCGGUUAAUCAUGGAGAAGUUGGACCCCGACGGCCUUGGCCACAUUGAGUUGUACGACCUAAAGACACUAUUGGUGGAAUUGUCGACGACGACCAACGGGGAUGAAUCGAGCAAUCCGAUGGCGGAACCCAAUCCUCUCAGGCGGUGGUACCACCACGCCAGAUACUUCCUCGAGGACAAUUGGCGCCGUUGUUGGGUGAUGCUCCUAUGGUUCUCCAUCUGCGCCGGUCUCUUUGCUUGGAAGUUCGUGCAGUACCGUCAUCGUGCGGUGUUCCAGGUGAUGGGCUACUGCGUGUGCGUGGCCAAGGGCGGUGCCGAGACGCUCAAGUUCAACAUGGCACUCACCCUCCUUCCCGUGUGCCGGAACGCCAUCACGUGGCUCCGGAGCCGCACCGUCGCUGGGCAGUUCGUGCCGUUCAACGACAACCUCAACUUCCACAAGGUGAUCGCCGUGGGGAUCUCCGCCGGGGCCGGUUUGCAUGUCUUCUCCCACCUAGCAUGCGACUUCCCGCGGCUGUUGCACGCCACCGACGACGAGUACAAGCCCAUGAAGCCGUUCUUCGGCGACGUCAAGCCGCCCAACUAUUGGUGGUUCUUGAAGGGCACGGAGGGGUGGACCGGGCUAGUGAUGUUGGUGCUCAUGGCCAUCGCCUUCACGCUCGCCACGGGGCGGUUCCGCAAUAGGAAACCCAGGCUUGCCAAGCCCAAGAAGCAGGAUGACAACCUCCCCCGGCACAAGAAGCGAGACAACCUCCCUAGGUUGCUCCACCGCCUCACCGAGUAUGGCGGCGCCUCACGCAACCGUCUCACUAUGCUCUUCUACGCCUUGCUCAAUCGUUUCACCGGGUACAACACCUUCUUGUACACACACCACCUCUUCAUCAUCGUCUACGUGCUGCUCAUCGUCCAUGGCCACUUCCUCUACCUCACCAAGAAGUGGCAAAAGAAGACGACGUGGAUGUACCUCGCGGUGCCGAUGAUCGUGUACGCGUGCGAACGACUGACCCGGACGCUGCGGUCGAGGGUGCGGGCGGUGCAGAAGGUCAAGGCGGUCGUGCACCCGGACCCGGCGGCCCUGUUGUCGCUGCACUUGUCCAAGCCGCAGGGGUUCAGGUACAAGAGCGGACAGUACAUCUUCGUCAAAUGCCCUGAUAUCUCGUCAUUCGAGUGGCACCCCUUCUCCAUCACAUCGGCGCCGGAGGACGACUACGUCAGCGUCCACAUCAAGGCGAUGGGCGACUGGACAAAAGACCUCAAGGACGCCUUCAAGGUUUGCGAGUCGUCGACGGAGGAGAAGAAGACCGAGAUUCUCCGAGUAGAGUACGACCAUGACAAGGCCAUGCCAACUCUGGGGGAUAGAAAAAAGUACCCGAAGGUGCUGAUUGACGGGCCGUACGGCGCGCCGGCACAGGACUACAAGCAGUACGACACCUUGCUACUGGUGGGACUCGGCAUCGGAGCCACACCCAUGAUCUCGAUCAUCAAGGACAUCAUCAACAACAUGAAGCGGCUUCCCGGGGACAUCGAGUCAGGCAACCCUGGCGACGGGAGCACCCCAUCAUCGUUCCGGACUCGCCGCGCCUACUUCUACUGGAUCACCCGGGAGCAAGAAUCCCUGGAGUGGUUCCGUGGGAUCAUGGACGAGGUGGCCGAGACGGACGAGCAGGGCGUCAUUGAGCUCCACGUCCACUGUACGAGCGUCCACGAGGAGGGCGACGCCCGGUCGGCGAUGCUCACUAUGGCCCAGUCCCUCAACCACGACGAGCACGGCAUUGACAUCAUCUCCGGCAGUCGAGUCAAGACCAGCUUCGGCCGAGCAAACUGGAGCGAAGUCUACCGACACAUAGCCCAGCGGAAUCAACGAAAACGUGUCGGAGUGUUCUACUGUGGCAUGCCGGCGCUGACGAAAGAGCUGCGCGAACUUGCGAAGCUUUCCUCGAGAAAAACAAGCACAACAUUCGAGUUCCACAAGGAGAACUUUUAG